AAUAGAAAUAUUGUUAAUUAAUGAGUAGCAAAAAAAUUGAUACUUGAAAUAACUAUUUGUUGGAAUAUAUUCUAAAUCACUAGUUUCAGAAUCUUGAAAUAUAACGGGUUCUACACUAAUAUGAGAUCCUGAAGAGAUUAAAGAAACCCGAAUAUACGAUGGACAAAAGCCGGGUACGUCCGGAUUACGAAAAGCCGUACAGGUUUUUAUGCAAGAACAUUAUACAGAAAAUUUCAUUCAAGCAAUAUUACAAGCUCUUGGAGACAAAUUAUUUGGUAGUACAUUAGUUGUGGGUGGUGAUGGAAGAUAUUAUGUGAAAGAAGCAGUAGAAAAAAUUAUCAAAAUUGCUGCAGCUAAUGGAGUAAAAAAAUUAAUAAUUGGUCAAAAUGGUAUACUUUCAACUCCAGCUGUAUCUACUAUAAUAAGAAAAUAUAAAACUUUAGGAGGAAUUGUUCUCACAGCAUCUCAUAAUCCUGGUGGACCAGAUGCUGAUUUUGGUAUUAAAUUUAACUGUGAAAAUGGUGGUCCUGCUCCAGAUUAUGUCACAAAUAAAAUUUAUGACAUUACUAAAGUGCUCAAGAAUUAUAAAACUAUAUCUGAUAUAUCCAUAGAUAUAAGCAAAAUUCAAAGUACUGUAAUACAAGUGGAUGGAAAUUCAUUUAUAGUAGAUAUAAUAGAUUCUGUUAAUGAUUAUUUGGAAUAUAUGAAAAAUAUUUUUGAUUUUUCUAGUAUUAAAACAUUAUUACAAGGAAAUAAUGAUCAUCCUCCUUUUAAAGUUCUUAUUAAUGCAAUGAAUGGAGUUACUGGUCCAUAUGUAAAACGAAUAUUUAGUAAUGAAUUAGGUGUUGACAAUUCAAGCAUCGUUAAUGCAAUUCCAUUAGAAGAUUUUGGUGGACUUCAUCCUGAUCCAAAUUUGACAUAUGCUAGAGAUUUAGUAAAUGCUAUGAAAAAUGGUCCAUAUGAUUUUGGUGCUGCUUUUGAUGGGGAUGGAGAUAGAAAUAUGAUAUUAGGUAAAAAAGCUUUUUUUGUUACACCUUCUGAUUCACUAGCUGUAUUAGCUGCCAAUUUAAAUGCAAUACCAUAUUUUAAAAAGACUGGUAUUAAAGGAUAUGCUAGAUCUAUGCCAACAGGUGCUGCUGUAGAUAGAGUUGCAGCUAAAAAUGGUAUUAAAUUUUAUGAAGUACCCACAGGCUGGAAAUAUUUUGGAAAUUUAAUGGAUGCUGGUCUUCUAUCACUUUGUGGAGAGGAAAGUUUUGGCACUGGUUCAGAUCAUAUUCGCGAGAAAGACGGAAUAUGGGCUUGUCUUGCAUGGCUAAGUAUAAUUGCAAAUCUUAGAAAAUCUGUAGAAGAUAUAUUAUUAAAUCAUUGGCAAACAUAUGGAAGGAACUUUUUUACGAGAUAUGAUUAUGAAAAUUGUGAUUCUGAAGCAGCAAAUAGAAUGAUGCAACAUAUUGAAUCAGAAAUACAAAAACCUGAAUUUAUAAAUUCAAAAUUAAUAUCUGAAAAUAAAGUAUAUGUUGUAAAAUCAAGUGACAAUUAUUCUUAUGUAGAUCCUGUUGAUGGAAGUCAAGUUAGCAAACAGGGAUUACGAAUUUUAUUUCAAGAUGGUUCUCGUAUAAUUUACCGUUUAUCUGGUACAGGAAGUUCUGGAGCUACUAUUCGUGUAUAUGUUGAUAGCUAUGAAGAUGAUCCAACAUCUUUAAACAAAGAUGCUCAAGAAAUUCUUAAACCAUUAGUUACUAUUGCAUUAAAAAUAAGUAAUUUACGUGAAUUUACUGGUCGUGAUGCACCAACCGUGAUUACAUAAUACAUAAUUCUUUAUCAUUAACAGUUACAUCAUCAUUAAAAAUAUACUAUAUAAUAAAAAAAAAAAUAAAAGAUCAUAUUAUAUAUAUAUAUAUAUAUAUAUAUAUAUAUUAUAUACAAUAUAUAUAUAUAUAUAUAUAUAUAUAUAUAUAUAUAUAUAUAUAUUGUAUAUAAUAUAUAUAUAUAUAUAUAUUAUAAACAAUUUAAAUAAGAAAAUAUUUUAAUGCAUCAUUAUACGCUUUAUAUAAUAUUAUUAUAAUAUAUAUUAAUAUAUAUUAUAAUAUAUAUUAUAAUAUAUAUUAUUAUAUAAUAUUAUAUGGUGCAAUUAUUAUAUGAAAAUUGCAUAAAUGCAUAUUGUAUGAAUCGCAAAUUUAAGGUAUAAGAUUUUUAUAUAUAUUAUUCAAAAAUUGAAUAGUAUAUAAAUAAUUGAAUGUUCAGUAAAUUCAACAAAUUUUUUUUUAAUUUUAAUAUUAAAUAUUUGAAUAUCAUGAUAAUAGAAAUUAUUCGAUUACAAAAAAUAAGAACAUUUUCUCUCUAAUGUAAUUCAUAAUUUUGCUUAUAUAAUUAUAAAUAUUUGAUAUGAUUUAUAACAAAAUAUUUAAGAUAAAAAUGAAGAACAACGUAUGUUUUAUAUUUUUCUAUACAAAAUGGCAAAUUUUUCAUUUAUUUAUAAAAGUUUUAACUUUUAUAUGAUUAUUACAUUUAAAAAUAUUUUAUUAAUACAAUAGAAAAAUAAAAAAAAAUUUAUAUGUAAAAUUCAGUAAGAAAUCUAAGAUCAUGCAUAUCUUUAUAUGUAGAACUGUUGUUUGCCAAAGGUGUUCAAGCAUAAAGAUGGAAAUGAUUUAAUUCUUCAUUAUUUGUAUAAUGUUACAUAAAUUUAUAAAAAUGUUUAGUUAUAUCUUGAAGUAUAUAAGAGUAUUAAUUUUAAAAUUCAAUAUUUUUAAAUUAUUUUUAAAUUUUAUAUAUAAAAAGUAAAGAAUACGUAUAACAUUAUAUAAUUUUCAUCAAAGAAUUAAAAAAAAUUAUCUUCAAUUGUAAUUGAAAGUGUUAUAUCAUAUUAUUUUUAUUGAUUUUUCAUUUUGUUUUAAUCUAUUUGAUAAUUCUGUUUUUAUUAAGAUGGCGGUUGUUUGUGUGAUAGGAAUGAAAUUUGAAUUUAAUAUUAUUUUUAUGAUUUAAAAUUCCAAAAUAGUCGUUAUUUUUUUGAUUUAAUUUAUAUAAAUGAAAACAUAACGUGUACAAAAAUAUUUUAAUUAAUUUCAAUUAUAUUCCCUGCAACAUAAGUCACUUACAAAAGCUGUAAAUAAUUAUAAAGUUAAUUUUUAUAGUCAAAAUAGAAUAUUGAUUUUGAACAAAAACAUAUACAUAUAAUUAAUAUUAAAUUAUUUUAAAAAAAGAUUUAUUUAUAUGUAUUAUGAAAUAUUUAAAAAAGAAAUUGAAAUUAAUAUAGAUAUGUAUAAAUAUUAAAUUUCAAAAGCAUAUCUACCUUUUAAAUAUUUAAUUUUGUAAAUAGCAAAUUUAUUCGAUUGAAAAAUUAAUAAUCUUUUAUAUUAUUGCUGUAUGUUAUUACAAGCCAUUCAUUAUAUUGAUAAUUAUUUCAAAUAUUAUAUAAUAUUAUCAAUUAGUUCCAUUUUAUUUAUUUAUGUACUAUACACAAAUUAUAUAUAAUAUGAUAUAUAUUGUUUGUUUUAUUCUUUAAUAAUAAAGCGAAUAUUAAUUGAUAAAUUAAAUAAAAAGCAGGAAUGCGUGUAAAAAGUGCUGUUUUAAAUUCUUAAAAAUCAUGAGAAAAAUAUUUUUUGAAAGCAUAAUUUAACACAUUAAUGUAGAUUGAAAAUAAUUGCUAAUAAGAUACUUGGUAUCAUAUAUUAUUAUAUAUUAAAAUUUGUAGUACAAUUAUAACAGUAAUAUAUUAAUAAUAUGAAAUAUAAAUAUCUGAUUUUAUAAUAAUACUAAAUUUUAAAUAUAAUUAUAUUUAUAAAAAUUUAUUUUAUUUUAAAAUUUUUUAAAAAAUUGCCAAAUAUCUUAUUAAAAUUAAUUGAUAAGAUAGGAUAUACCUAACAAUUUAUAAAAUUAAAAUCAAUAAGAUUGAUAAUUUUAAACUUCAAUAAAAGCAUAAGUUAUAAAAAUGAAUAAAAAAUAUGAUAAAAUUAAUUGAUGAAUGUAAUAAACAAUUAAUUGAAAAAUUAUUACAAAUAUUAUUAACAAAAAUUAUUUUUCUAUAUGUAUAAUUUCUAUAAUGUAAGAUUUUCAAGUAUUUUAUUUUUACAUAUGUUCAUUCAAUGAAAUGAAACUCACGAAACAAAAAUACUGUAGAAAUCUAAUUUUGAAAAAAUAAGAAUAUCAAAUACUCAUGACAAAUAUAUCAUUCAUCUGAAUUCAUUUAUUCUCAUUUGCAUAAAAUUUUUUGUAAUGGCAGUAUGCAGCAAUAGAUAUUUAUGGAAAUGGAAUGUAUUUUAUAAAACGAAAUUAUGAUACUAUACUGAUACUAUAUUGGUAAAAAUUUUGAACAAGUGUGACUACAGUACUUUUUGAAUGAAUUUCAAGAAGAAUUUUGUAAAUAGUUGAUGGAAGGGAGGAUACUUGGGGACCUGAGUCGACACAACGUCCAUUCGAUUUCAUAAUAACAUCAUAGAAAAAUAUAAAAAGAAAAAUAACUCAUUUAUUCUUUAAAUUUUUGUUUUUUCUAUUAUGAAUUUAUAUGCAUGAUUAUUGAGGAUAAAUAAUAAUAUAAUAAAAUGAAUAAAAAAAAAUUGAAAUAUAAAAAUAUUUAUAUAAUAAUAAUAAUAUAAUGAAUAUAAAUAAAUGAACUAAAAUUAAGUUGUAUGUAAUAAAUGAGUUAUUUUUUUAGAUAAAAAAUUUAUGAUGUAACGUGAAUAUGGAAUGUGAUAAUGUGUCAUAGAGACCAGCGAUGACUGCCGAUUUUAAUGUAAAACUAUUAACAUAUAACAUGUAUCAUAUUGAGAAAUAGUAAUUAUGUAUUCAUUGUAAGUAUAUGAAUGAAUGGUUCUCCAUAAAAACGUGAUCUUAGAUUUCAUAAUUUAAGCAACCUAAUAAAUUUAAAAAAUACAUUUAAAAAUUUAUGAAAAUAAAUUUUUAAAUAAUAUUUAUUUCAAUAUGUUAAAUUAUGGAAAAAAAAAAUUAUGAAAAAUAUCAGAAAUAUGUUUUAAAGUUAUAUAAAUCAUGAAAAAAAUUAUUUAGAUCAUUUUUAUAAAUUUUGUAAUAAUGAAAUACAUGCGUUGUUCAUUUUAAACGAAAUUUCUGAUAAAAUAUACUUGAUUAUUGAAUGGAAUAUGAAUGUAUUUGCAAUUAAAUACAUUAAAGGUUUCACCAUGAAGCAAUUAAUAAAUUUAUAAUAAAUCGAUCUUUAAUCAAUACUUUAACAAAUACUUUAUUUUCAUAUUAAAUUUUUUUUUUCUAAUUUUUCAUUUCCAGUUUGAAAUACGAUUUCUAAUUCAAAAUGAAAAAUUAUAUCAUUGAAAAUCUUACAGAAAAAAAUAUUAACAAAAAAUAUUUUAGUUUUUGUUUUUGCAAUUCUAACUUUCAAUCUAUAUAUAUAUAUAGUAUCAGAGUAUCAUUUUUUUUUUUAAUUAAACGAUGAAAAUAUAUUAUAUAAUAUAUAAUAUUAAAAAAAAUAUCGAUACAAUAAUAUAAUAACAAUAAUAUAAUAAUACAAUAAUAUAAUAGAAAUAUAGAUGAACAUAUAUCGAAUAAUCAUAUUAAAAAAAAAAAGAAAGUUACGAAAAAUAUGAACAAUUCCAUUGCAAAUUCACUUAUAACAAUUUAUAUAUAUAUAAACAAAAAAAAAUGAGAUUAAUGAAAAUUAUGAUAAAAUUGAUUGUUCUGAAAAAAAAAUAAAGUAUAUUAAAUCAUUACAUAAAAUAAAUAUCAUAGUUAUUAUCAUUAAAACUAUCUUUAAUUAUGUUAAGUUAAAAAAGUAAAGUUAGUAAAGUUAAAAAAAAAUAAUUCAAAUAUUAACAAUUUUUAAAAAAAAUAACAUUUAUUAAUCAAAAUUUUUAAGCAGAAAAAAUUUGUUAUCAAUCUGCGUAAUUUUCAAUUACGAAACAUUAGAAAUAAAAAAUUUAAAAGUUAUAAAAGAAAUAUAUUAAUAGAAUUUAUAUUAAUGAUUUAGAUAAUUUUUCAAAGAAUUUAUUUUUAAUAAAACCUUGGAAAAAAACUGAUAAUGAAAAUUCUUAAAAUUAUUAAAUCAAUAUUAUAUUUUUAGUUUAAUUUUUAGUCUAAAAAUAUGUCUAUCAAUAUAAACUUUUUUUAAAUUUUUUAUUAUAUUAUCUUUUAGUAAUUGUUUAAAUAUCAUGCAUAAAUAUAAUAUAUAGUUCAAGUUUAUAAGAAACAAUCAUUAAAAAUAUAAAGAUAUUUUUGCAAACAAUAAAUAUACACAAACGAAAUUUUUUUAUAAUUAAAUUAUUUAUUAAAUAUACGAUAUAAUUUAUAAAAUAUAAGAAUUUUAAUAUUAAUUAAUAUUAAUUAUUAAUAAAAAUUAAGAAAGAUACAUAUAAUAAAAUCUUAAUUUUAAUAUUCUUAUUUUACUUAUGCCAUAUCAAAAUCAUCUCUCUGUAAUAGAAAAGUAUAUAACAUUAAUAAAUUUAAUAAAUUUAAUAUUAAUUUAAUAUA